AUGAUAAUAAAGAAACCAUACCUACUCCUGCUGCUCAUCAUCAGCAUCUACACGCUCUUCAAGAUAUUUCUCGACUUCGGCGACGAGUCGCACGUGGCUGUGGCGAACGCCAACGACGAAAGCCACGAGAGUAUAGUCAGAAGGUUUACCAUGCAACACGGCGACUCAGAAUUCGAUGAGGAGGACGAGAGGCUGCGUCGACUGCGACAACAUGACUACAUCCGGGACAGUGGCCAUCGCCAGCGCGAGAAAACUGCACUCGUCAACGACUAUAACUCUAUUCGCAGUAGAAAUUCGACUAAAAAUCACACGCUCAUGAAGGCGAAUAUUCGCGACGUCAUUCACAUCCUUAAUAAUCUCAAGAAGAUUGAAAUCGACCCGAGACAGAUGCAGAUCUACAACAAAUACAAACAUCGACACGACAGCAACGCCACGACGAACGACACGCUACAGCAAUCGCCCGACGACACCGCCAACAGCAGUCAGCAGUCUCAACAGAAACAAGACCGGCAGUACAUCAUCAGCCAUCCAUUCAGUAGCGACAAAAUUGACCCGAAGGAAUUGGACAGGUUAUUGAGGGCAAGAACCGACGUGGUCCAUCCCCACCCCUUCAAAUACCUCAUCAAUUCCCCGGAAAUAUGUGCCCCACUAAUCCCUAGCUACUCGCCCUCCACCAAUCAGAAUGAUGGUAACGUGUAUAUUCUAAUAUACGUGCACACCUCUCCAGGCAACUACAGACGCAGGGAGGUUAUAAGGAGGACGUGGGGUAACUGCGUGCAGUAUGCCCCUGAUGUCUCGGUCAGGAUUGUGUUUGUGAUGGGAGUUCAUCCGGAACCUGAUGAAAAUAAGGCAAAAAGUCUGAGCGAAAGUUUGAGGCUGGAACAAGAUCUGUAUGGUGACCUGGUGCAAGAAGACUUCAUUGAUUCCUAUCACAAUCUCACUUAUAAGGGUGUGGCUGCCUUGAAGUGGAUAUCACUCUUCUGUCCGAAUGCAAGGUUCAUUCUCAAGACCGAUGACGACAUCUUCGUUAACAUGUUCUCACUUAUCAAGUACUUCAAACAUCUCGAAAAGGAUGAAAAUAACUUGAAAGGCCUUAUCAUGUGCGCUGUUUGGUACGGAAUGCCAGUCUUAAGAACUGGAAAGUGGAAGCUCUCUAUUAUGAAGGCAAUUAUUUUUUUGCCCCCCUUCUACUCGCCUUGCUAA